AUGAGCGCGGUGCAGGAAGCGCCGCGCAAGCGGACGGCGUACAUCGCCUUGGGCAGCAACAUGGGCGACCGCAUCGGCUGGAUCGAGAAGGCGUGCAACGAGAUGGAUGCGAGGGGCAUCAGGGUGAAGCGGACGAGCAGUCUGUGGGAGACGGAGCCCAUGUACGUGCUAGACCAGGAUAGAUUCGUCAACGGCGCCUGCGAGGUCGAGACGACCUUGGAGCCGCUCGAGCUCUUGGACGCGCUUCAAGACAUCGAGAAGUCGCUGGGCCGCAAGAAGCUCAUCGACAAGGGGCCCCGAAACAUCGAUCUCGACAUUCUCCUCUACGAUAACAUCCAGUUUGACCAUGAGCGUCUCAAGAUCCCUCACGUUGGCAUCGCAGAACGUGAAUUUGUCCUCCGACCGCUGGCCGAACUCAUCCCUGACAAGCCAAUUGACCCCUCCCGCCCCUGGCGUCUGACGGUUGACUACCUCGACGCCCUCCCGCCCUCCAAGACCCCGCUCACCACCAUGACGCCCCUCUCUUCGCACCACCCGCCCAUCCAGGCCCUUAACCCGUCCCGCAAGACCCACGUCAUGGCCAUCCUCAACAUGACGCCGGACUCCUUCUCGGACGGCGGACAGCACAAGCCCAUCAUCCCCGCCCAAGGCGCUGCUGACGACGCCGGCACCACCGCCGCCGACACCGCUGCCGCCCGCCUCAAGGAGACCAUCGCCGGCUUCCUGGACGCGGGCGCGACCAUGAUCGACAUCGGCGGGCAGUCGACGGCCCCCGGGACGGCCGAGGUGCCGCUGGAGGAGGAGCUGGCGCGGGUGGUGCCGGCGGUGCGGCUGGUGCGGGAGGAGUUCGGGUCGCGGCCGGUGCUCGUGUCGGUGGACACGUACCGGGCGGCGGUGGCGGAGGCGGCGGUGGCGGCGGGGGCCGACAUCGUCAACGACGUCUCGGGCGGGUCCAUGGACCCGGCCAUGCUGCCCACCGUCGCCCGCCUCGGCGCCACCGUCUGCCUCAUGCACAUGCGCGGCACCCCGGCCACCAUGAACGGCCUGGCCGAGUACCCGGCCGAGCAGGGCGGCCUGAUCGGCGGCAUCGCGCGCGAGCUGCUCGCGCGCGUCCGCGCCGCCGAGGAGGCGGGCGUGCGGCGGUGGCGCAUCGUCCUGGACCCCGGCCUCGGCUUCGCCAAGGUCGGCCCCCAGAACGUCGACGUCCUCCGCCGCCUCGACGAGCUGAGGAGCUGGCCCGGCCUGCAGGGCCUGCCGUGGCUGGUCGGGUCGAGCCGCAAGAGCUUCAUCGGCAGGGUGACCGGGGUGCCGACGCCCAAGGAGAGGAUCUGGGGAACGGCGGCCACGGUUGCCGCGGCUGUGCAGGGCGGGGCGGAUGUGGUGAGGGUGCAUGACGUGAGGGAGAUGGCUCAGGUGGUGGCGAUGGCGGACGCCAUCUGGAGGUAUUAG